CGGUAGCCAUGCACGGGAUGGCGCUGUGGUAAAUACUCGAGUCCCUCUCCGCGAGGCUAGAAGUCGCAGCUUCCGACGACAAACGUUCCUUCCGGUUUGGACGCCAUUAGAGAAGCAGAGAUGGCCAUCAGGUACCCCAUGGCAGUGGGCCUUAACAAAGGCCACCCGGUGACCAAAAACGUCGCAAAGCCGAAACACAGCCGUAGGAGAGGGACACUGACCAAGCAUGCCAAGUUCGUGCGUGACAUGAUCCGCGAGGUGUGUGGCUUUGCCCCCUACGAGAGGCGCGCUAUGGAGUUGCUGAAGGUGUCCAAGGAUAAGCGUGCCCUGAAGUUCAUCAAGAAGAGGGUGGGAACUCACAUCCGCGCUAAGAGAAAGAGGGAAGAACUGAGCACCAUCCUGGCUGCCAUGAGAAAGGCUGCUGCCAAGAAGGAGUAAAGUGGAAUAAAGGACAAUUUGUAUAAUUGA